AUGCAGCUUGUCAAAAGAUCUUCCGGUUCGGCAGCGUCAGCUCACGGUCCGGGCUCCGACGUCACCGAGAUCGCGAGCAACGCGGCGAUGGAGGCGCUGCGAAACUUGCAGCCGCCGGCCAAGGGGGGCAGUCCGGUCACCGACACCGACGCGAGCAUGGCUCGAGGCGUGCACGUGCGCGCUAUGCUGGCCGCCUGCCUGGGCUCCAGCGCCGCCGCCACGACGCUGGGCUUCGCGUCGGUCGCCAUGCCUUACAUCGAGCACGAGACCUGGUACGACCUGGCCGGCAGCGAGCCUCCCGACAGCCACUGGCUCGCGGACUCGCUGAUGCUGGGUGCCGCCGGAGGUGCCCUCUUGUCGGGAUUAACCCUGUGGACGUUCGGCAGCCGGACUACGAUGCUGACCAGCGUCGUCGGGCUGUCCGUGUCGUGGAUCGUGACGGCAGCGUGCGUCGACCUGGUCGUGCUGUUCGCGGCCAGGGUGUCGUGCGGUCUGUGGCUCGGUCUCAUCACCAUCAGCGUCAGCCUGUACGUGGCCGACGUGGCGCCCGCCGAGAAGCGCGCCUUCUACACGGGACUCGCCGAGGCGGCUACCUGCUUCGGUAUUGCGGCAUCUUGCCUGCUGGAGGGCUUUUCGUGGCGACUGCAGGCCACGGCGUGGGCCGCGGCGUCUCUCUCGAUGCUGGGCGUCCAGAGGUACCUGAUCGAGUGUCCACGCUGGCUGAACGCCCACGGAAAGACACACGACGCGGACACUGCAGCCGCUCGCCUCUACGGCUUGGACCUGCCGCAGGAGUUCAGGCACAGCAGCAAGGCUGCCGAAAGCACGGGGGCGUCGCUGACGCAACUGUUCACGUCUCGCAGCAUUCAGACCAUGGCUAGCGUGGUGGCCGAGAUAGCCGCUCCCUUGGCCGCCCUGGUGAUGACGAGCAUGCAGACGGGCUUUGUGGUCGUGUUCGCCACCCUGACGCGAGCCGCGGGACGGCGGCACCUGCUGUGCGUCUCUACGGCGCUCAUCGCCGUGUGCUUCGUUGUCGUCCCGCCAUUCGAGUAUCUGACCUUUCGCCAGUGGAACCUCGGAGGAGCGCCCACCGAGACCAGCUGGGUGGCCGUGUACUCGGUGAACCUGCUGGUGCUGAGCUACUCGGUCGGCCUGUGCCACGUGCCGGCACUGCUUACAGCCGAGAUGUGUCCGGGCGCCGGGUGCAUGCACUACGUUUGCGCCCCGGUGGUGUGGGCCGUGCGAUGGCUACUCGCCUUCGCCGUGCUACACUACGACGAGGACAUGCUGGCAUUCGCGCGCCAGGACUACAUGUCCGUCCUGCUUGCAUUGGCACUGUUGCUUCUGUGCGCUGUCGCCGUCUGCCUCACGCCGGAGACGGAGGGCCGAACUCUAGCGGACAUCGACAGGACCGCAUGA